AGAACGAUCUAUAUGACUAUGGCGAUCUGAGACCAAAAACCCUCAAAGGUCAAAACUUUUCACCGAACCAAACAACACGGUCCCCUCUGUUUCUCAACUUGUCUUUCUCUCUUAGCUACAAAUCCUCUUUUUGUAGCAACUUUUAUUUUGGUGUUUUUUUUUUUCCCUUUGAAUAAUUUUAUCAGAGUUUCAGAAAAUGGCUUACGCAUCUCAUAUUAUCAAUCACUCCAAAAAGUUAAGAAAUGUGCCCAAUUUUCUACGACAUGAGCAUUCCAUUUUGGUUCGUUGGUUUUCAAAUGGCACUCAACCCUCUAUUGGUAAAAGAGAUGAUAUUCGGAAGAUCCAUCGUCAUCAUUGUAAUGUGUCUUCAGAAAGAGAGACAGUAACCAGGUCUGCCACCAAUGGUGCGAUGUCAAAGUUUGGUGUACAGAAGAGAAAUCCAAUUGCGGGACUGGCAUUUAACCAAGGCCUUUCAAGCUCACAGGUAUACAUGAGGAGAGGUUUUUCAUCUAAUUCAGGCCUUCCUCCACACCAAGAGAUUGGAAUGCCCUCUCUGUCACCUACAAUGACGGAGGGUAAUAUUGCAAGGUGGUUGAAGAAAGAGGGUGAUAAAGUUGCUCCUGGUGAAGUGCUUUGUGAAGUUGAAACAGAUAAAGCAACAGUUGAGAUGGAAAGCAUGGAAGAAGGCUAUCUUGCCAAGAUUAUACAUGGAGAUGGGUCAAAGGAAAUUAAAGUUGGUGAGGUGAUUGCUGUGACUGUUGAAGAAGAGGGUGAUAUUGCAAAAUUUAAAGAUUACAAGCCUUCAGCAUUGGAUGCCGAUACUGCUUCUGGGUCAUCUGCUCCUGCUACACCAAAAAAAGAGGUCGUUGAAGAACCUGUCAGUUCGCCAGAACCAAAGACUUCCAAGCCUACUGCAGCAACUCCUGCUGAAGAUCGUGUUUUCUCCAGCCCUCUUGCCAGAAAAUUGGCCGAAGAACAUAAAGUGCCUCUCUCAAGUAUCAAAGGAACAGGUCCUAAUGGAACCAUUGUGAAGGCAGAUAUUGAAGAGUACUUGGCCUCUCGUGGAAAGGAAGUAUCAGCUGCAGCUCCUUCAGCUAAGGCUGGUACACCUGCAGCAUUAGAUUACACUGACAUACCUCAUUCUCAGAUAAGGAAGAUCACGGCUUCACGCUUAUUAUUCUCCAAGCAAAAUAUUCCCCAUUAUUAUCUAACAGUAGAUACAUGUGUUGACAAACUCAUGGAUUUGCGGAGCCAACUCAAUUCAUUACAAGAAGCAUCUGGUGGAAAACGGAUAUCAAUUAAUGAUCUUGUAAUUAAGGCUGCUGCUUUGGCUCUUAGUAAAGUUCCUCAGUGCAAUAGUUCAUGGACAGAUGAUUACAUCCGCCAGUAUCGCAACAUAAAUAUAAAUGUUGCAGUACAGACAGAUAAUGGACUCUUUGUCCCAGUCAUAAAGGACGCUGACAAGAAAGGUCUAUCCAGGAUAGGUGAAGAGGUCAAGCAAUUGGCCCAAAAAGCCAAAGAAAACAGCUUAAAACCAGAAGAUUAUGAGGGAGGUACAUUUACAGUGUCAAAUUUGGGAGGCCCCUUUGGUAUCAAACAAUUUUGUGCCAUCAUUAACCCUCCUCAGGCAGGCAUUCUUGCGGUUGGGUCUGCUGAGAAACGGGUCGUACCUGGUUCAGGCCCUGAACAAUUCGAGUUUGCUUCCUUCAUGUCUGUAACGUUAAGCUGUGAUCAUCGUGUUAUUGAUGGUGCAAUUGGUGCCGAAUGGCUGAAGGCAUUCAAAGGGUACAUUGAGAAUCCUGAGUCAAUGUUGCUCUAAAUUCAUGGCUUGCUUAUUUCUCAUCAUGUAUUUUUCUGCCUUGCUGUAAUCAACCAACAAGAGGCAUGUGAACGCAAUUCAGCUGUUCCAAUUCGCUUGUGAUGAUUGUAUCACUGAGCAGGUUCCCUUCUGUAGCAUUUACGAACUGAAAAAGUUUGCAUAAAAUUCUUUUCUGGGAAUAAAAAGGGGGGUGGAUCAGGCAUGAGUUAUGCACUGAAUUUUGGUCAUGUACUAUAUAAUUUCCCUACGUGAGCUGAUAUAAAGAGAUGACUUUUUUGCGAGUCUAGCUUUUAUAAAGAGAUGAUUUUUAGCUCUUCCUUGUCCCGCUUGAAUGCCAACCAAAGUACACUUCAGUGUGAAAAGCUUUGAUUGUUUUGUUUAGGACUUCUAGAAUUCAGCUUUUCUGUAAAUGCAAUGGUGCUCAAUCUCAGUAUUCACCAUC